GAAACUGAGGUCUAUUACGCAUUAAUGAAAAGAAUAUGGAAAUAAUGGUGUUUCUUUUUCCUCAGCUGAAUUUUUCUGCACAGAAAGAGGAACCUUACUUCAAAAUGCUCAGUCCUUCUGAUUGUCCGGUGAUAAAGAAAGAAAAUAAAACAAGGGUAAAGGAAAGAGAGAAGAAGAACAGAUUGAGCCUUCUACUGCUGAAAUCAGGAUCUCAUGAAAAUGUCAACCCACAAUCCAUGAAAAGCCCAAAGACUGCAAGCAUCUCCCCUGAAGAGGCUUUGAAGUGGAGUGACUCUUUUGAGAAACUGCUUGCUAAUAAAGAUGGAUUGGACACCUUUACUACAUUCUUAAAGAGCCAGUUUAGUGAGGAGAACAUUGAAUUCUGGUUGGCCUGUGAGGACUUCAAGAAAAACAAAUCCACUAAACUGGCCUCCAAGGCUAAGAAGAUUUAUUCGGUUUACUUAGAAACAGAAGCUCCUAAAGAGGUGAACAUUGACUUUUCUACAAACCAGAUUAUUAAACAGAAUGUCCGGAAUCCUACGCAGUCUUGCUUUGAUGCAGCCCAGAGCAUAAUCUACAGCUUAAUGAAAAGGGACUGUUACCCAAGGUUUCUAAAAUCAGACAUCUAUCUGAAUCUGAUCCAGAAGAAACCACCCAGUAACAACAUGUUUAGAAGAAGGUCACGAUCUUGUGUCUUCAAUGACCGCAUUGAAGCAGUAACUGACUUUGGUAUUUGGCUCUAGGAGCUCAGCUAUUCACCAUAUAUGUUUAACUACACUGGUUAUACUCUGUUAUACUGGAUAAACACAUACUAUUUGGAUAAUUAUUUUGAAACCUUUUCAAAGCACCAAACAGUAGCAUUCUGAACAGAAGUUUUAACCCUAAAAAGCAGUUUCUAAAUACAGUGGUAUCAUGCCACUAGAAAUAAUGUAGAUUAAUCAUCUUGGGCAGUUUCGUUGUUAGAAAAAAUUCUAAUUCUAACUUGCCAUAUAAAGACUUCCUAUCAUUUUGUCAAAAGAAUAGAGUGCAGAGAGGCAUUGAUAUUCAGUUUCAGUGAUGCAGAAUCUGUUAUUCAUCUGUUAUUCUCUUAAAAACAUAAAAAGUGUCUGUUUGUUUUUUAGAAUAUAGUAUUACCUGUUCAUCAGGUUUGUUUGGGUAAUAGCUUGGAUUUAAAUCUGUCAAUGAAGGUGAAGAUGUUUUGUAUUUACUGAAUUUAACUCAAACAGCUGUUCCACAAUAGCAAAAUUCCUAACAGAUCCAAACAUGAAUUUAUAUUCUGGCGCUGCACUACUUACUUUGUGGCAUGCAUCAAUGGGGAGGCCACCAGUGGUCCAUCAGAUACAUUCAGUAAUAAAUCAAAAUAAGAUUAUGAAUCCAAAAAUAUGUUUCAAGGCUGUACACAACUUUAUCUUAGCCAGUUUUUAAAAUCUAAGACUCCGGGAUAUGUAAUUUUUGAGGAAUGUUUUUGGAAUAUAUGGCAUUUUUAACUACAAAUACAUGUAGCUAAGCACAAUCUCUGCUUAAAUGUGUGCUCUGUACAUAUAUUAGUAUAAAUGCUUAAUUCAUGUUAAGUAAUAUUCAUAAUAGAUAUCAGCAAAGCUUUCAUAAUGAAGUCUCA